GGGAAGGACAAAAUGUUUAAUCCUACUCUUGCUAUUACAGAUGUGGCCACUACUUCUAAGCAUCAAUCUCAAAACAAAGAGGAUGAUGUUUCUGAAGUAGAGGAAAUUAUUAUGGAGACUGCAACACAAGUCCCUGAAAUGGAGCUAACAACUGAAAAGGAGGACUGUCAUCAGGCUUUGAGAAAGGCUGUGGCUGCUGAACUAUGUGAUAUGUCCUUGGUACCUGCAAAAAAUAUGUCAGUAAUCCAGGAUGACUCAAAGGUUAAAGAGCUUCACCAUUAUCUUGAGAUUGAUCUUGACCUUCUGGCUAAGGCAUAUCAUUCAGAUAGUUAAACUUCUCCAAAGGUUCACCCUGAUGCCUGGCAGGAAGGUAGGCCUGAAAUCAGGAAAAUAAUUGAUAAAAUGAAGAUACAUAUGGAGGAGAAGGAAGCAAUGCAGGAAGAGGGGCAGAUUUAUUUUUUAGAUCCUACAUCUGAUGUGCAAGGUGCGUUUACAUUGGUUACUCACAGAAGAUCAAGAAGGAAGAAGGAGCCUGAAAAAUCUACUAUCACUAACAGGAAUGCAGCUAAGAGGAGGGAUAACCAAGGGUUCUCACAGACUUCCCUUCCUACAUCCUAAUGAAUUGGCUCAUAUGGAUUGUAAGGGGUCUAGAAGCCUCCAAUUUUAGACUUAAUUCCCUUAUAAAACAAUGGAGAGUUACUGUUGUCAUUAUUAUUGAGCCAAUAGUGGAUAGGUCAAAGGCAGAUUAUUACAAAUCAC